AACAACAUCCUCUUUUUGAAGUACAUUUGUUACUGCAUCCGAAAAUGCCUGCUGCUACUGGCACCAAGCGCGUUAGGGGCGUUUCCGUCUACAGACCAUUUGUCUUCGGCAGCGAAGCCCAGCCCUUCGACCCCAAAAGCAGACCUCCAAAUGCGCCCCCAGACCACACUCAUCAAUGGCGCGUAUUCGUCAAGGGCGUCAAUGGCGAAGACAUAACCUACUGGCUGCGCAAAGUCCAAUUCAAACUACACGAAACAUACGCCCAAUCCGUACGCACAAUUGAACAACCGCCUUUUGAAGUCACCGAGACGGGAUGGGGGGAAUUCGAAAUUCAAAUAAAACUCUAUUUUGUCCCGGAAUCGACAGAAAAGCCGCAGACGCUUUGGCAUAGUUUGAAACUUCACCCCUACGGAGAUGAUAUUGAAGGCAAAAGGGAGAGGAGGGAGAAAGUCGUUAGUCAGAAUUAUGAGGAGGUUAUUUUCAAUGAGCCUGUGGAACAGUUUUAUGAUGUGCUUACUGGUGGUGGGUUGGCGAAUCAACAGCAAUCUAGAGGGAAAAGUGGGAAAGGGAAGCAAGCAUUACUACAAAACGGUGGUGGGAGAACUGCAGAGAUUCCGGAUAAUGAUAGUCCUGGAAAUCCGUAUAGCAGGGCGACUGAGCAGGCGGAGUUGGAAAAACUUGCAAAUGCCAUGAAGACGGUUGAUCAGAUGAUUAAAGAAGAGAAAGAUCGGCUUGUGGAGAGGGAGAAGAGGUUGGCCGAGCUGAAGGAUACGGAGGGUGUGCUGGUGGUGACAAAGAAGAAGUGAUCAUGCAUGGAUGAUUGAUAUGAAAAUAUGAUACCCAAUCAGACCGGCGCUGCUACGGCUCUUGCACAUAAUAUUGACAGUCACGCCUCGUCGUCGUCUUGCAAGCUGCAUCGGGUCUCGAUCGAUGACUAAAGCGCUGAGUCGACUUGGACGAUGCCGAUGAUUCAUCGCCACUUUGGAUGAGGCGAUACAGGCCAUUAUGCGGCACAAGCAUCAACAAACCACUAUAUUCAGCUACUAAUGUAUGAGAAGAGGCCAAAUCUUUCUACAGAAAUCAGAUUCAUACGCCUGAGGGACAUGAUAUGAUUUGACUAGUCAAUAUGACGAUCCAUGCUUAGCAUUGAAUCCAGGAUAUUUAAUAAAAUAGCAGAUGCUGUUU